CAUAUCAGGAUUGAGCUCACGUCGAAGAUGUAUACCAUGGGAUCUUUUAAUUCCUCAUUGUUGAGAACUGUUCAUUUUUAGUGCUCUGGAUGAAUCAACUGUUAUAUUGCUUUGCUCAGAACCUUAACGAGCCAUUACAUUGAUUUACGGAAUCGUACUUCAGUUCUAAUCAGUACGCGGUUACAUGUAUUAUUAAAUGUAUAUAUAUGUUAUUCUGGAACUAUCAGACAAUCUGGGCAGGAUUGCUUUGAUGUUACUCGAAGUUCCUCUUGAAAGCUAAACGUGGGUAACAAUGGGGGUUGGUGACGACAUCGCACCACGUUUCACCCAGAAACCAGUUCUAAAACAAGAGGAUAAUGGCGCCAAGCUGGUGUUUCAGUGUACUUUGGAGGCGUCCCCAAAGCCGGACAUUCAGUGGUUCCAAGGGACAACGCCCAUCUCACAGUCCAACCGCAUUAAGAUGCGCGUGGAGCCCGCUGGGGGCAACAAAUACAAUGUAAUGAUGGACAUUAUUGGGGUCACCGCUGCCGACGCUGGCACGUACAAAGUGGUGGCCAAAAACAAGCUUGGGGAAGUCUCCGCCUCAAUCAACCUUAAUUUUAGUGGUAGUCAAAAACAACAAGAUGGAAUUGCUCCAAACUUUAUACAGAAACCCGUCACAAAACAAGCAGACAAUGGUAAAAAACUGCUGUUUGAAUGUCAACUCACAGCCGAUCCAGCUCCACAGAUCACCUGGUUCAAGGACGAGCAGCAAAUCACACCUGGGGGUCGCAUCAAGAUCCGAUCAGAUCCACAACCAAAUAAGAAAUUCUUCUUAGUAUUAGAAAUCAGUGAUGUAAAUGCUAAAGAUGCAGGAAAUUACAGAGUCACAGCAAAGAAUGCAUUAGGAGAAAGCAAUGCCACCAUUAGGCUUAACUUUGACAGUGAUGAAUCAAAGAAGCAACAGGGACAGCCACCAAAGUUCACCACCAAACCAAUGAUUCGACAGGAAGGGGACAAGAUCAUCUUUGACUGUAAACUGACCGCUGAUCCCAAACCCACCAUCACCUGGUACAAGGGGACCGAGGUUCUGAAGGAAGGGGGGCGUUACAAGAUGAAGAUGACCUCUGACAAGGCCAACCACACCGUUUCCAUGGAGAUCGCUGGCGGAGGGAUGCAAGAUGGAGGGGAGUACAAGGCUGUCGCCAAGAACAGCUUUGGUGAAUCCACGGCAACCAUCACUCUGAACUUUGAAGGAAAGAAACCUCCGCAAGGCAAAGCACCUCAUUUCUUGACAAAACCGACCAUCAAGCAAGAGAGAAUGCAGCUUUUGAUGACAUGCAAUCUGGAGGGAAAGCCCGAACCCAAACUAUCCUGGUUUCGGGACAACACCGAAAUCACAAAUGGAGGACGAUAUACUAUGCUGGUGAAAAAGGACGCCUCAGCCCCAGACCGUUAUGUAGCAACUCUUACCAUCAAGGACCCGAAAGCAGACGAUGGAGGCCAGUACAAAGCUACAGCUGUCAACGAACUUGGGGAAUCAAACGCAACGAUUACCCUUAACUUCCAAGUUCGCCAUGGCCUAGCGGUAGCAAUGAUUAUUGGGUUGGAUAAGCCAAAAGGAACUCCACCGACCUUCAAAGAGAAGCCCAAGGUCAACCAGCAGGACAAGAACCUGGUGGUGGAGUGUAGUUGUAAUGCCUCUCCUAAACCGACCUUGACCUGGUACAAGGACUCCAAGGUCCUGAUGCAGGGGCCCCGCUACAAGAUGCGGUCCACCGACAAAGGAAACGACUACACUUUUUACCUUGAUAUUUUGAAUUUUUCUGCGGCUGACAGUGGUAACUACAAAGUCGUUGCUAAGAACGAUGCUGGAGAGGGCACAGCCACCAUUAACAUCAAUCUAGAACCACCAAAAGAGAGUCCGCCCUCCAUGAAGGACAUGCCAAAUGUCCGCUUGGUGGAUAACGGUAAAAAGCUGGUCUGUGAUAUGAGAAUCAACUCCAAAUCCAGGCCAACUACCAUGUGGUAUUUUGGAAACUCCUUACUAAAAUUAGGAGGGCGCUAUAGGAUGGACGUUAAAGAAGAAAGCCCUGGAGUUUUUCUCAUCUUCCUUGAAAUUGCAAAUCCAAUGGAUUCUGACUCUGGGGAUUAUAAAUGUAUCAUCAAAAACCCAACAGGGGAAAUUACUACCACUGCAAAAAUCAACAUGAAAGCUCUUAUGCCCCAGGUUAAGGUUGAACCUGCCAAUUUCUCCCAGAAGCUGUCACCAAAAUCAGUAACUGAAGGAGAGGCUCUGGACCUGAUCGCCAAGGUAACAGGAACUGAGCCAAUCACGGCCACUUGGUCAAAGGACCGCAAGCCAAUCAAGGAUUCCGAUGGCUACAAGAUUUCCUAUGACAAGGGAACCUGUCGUCUGUACAUAGCCGAUGCCAAACCUGCAGAUUCAGGAGAAUUCAAGGUGGAAGUCAAGAACCAGUUUGGAUCUGCCUUCUGCUCUGCAAGUCUUGGGGUCAAAGCUGCACCAAAGAAACCAGAGGAAAAGAAACCAGAGGAAAAGAAACCGGAGGAAAAGAAACCGGAAGAAAAGAAACCUGAGAAGAAAGAGGAAGUUCAACAAAAAGUUGAAACACCUAAGGCUCCUGAAAAGCCUAAAGAAGAGCCUAAGGCUCCAGAAAAGCCCAAGGAAGAGCCUAAGGCUCCAGAAAAACCUAAGGAAGAGCCUAAGGCUCCUGAAAAACCUAAAGAAGAGCCUAAGGCUCCAGAAAAACCCAAAGAAGAGCCUAAGGCUCCUGAAAAGCCUAAAGAACAGCCUAAGGCUCCAGAAAAACCCAAAGAGGAGCCCAAACCAGAGGCCCCUAAAAUUGUUAUAGAUGAUGAAGAAGGUACACCUGAAAAGAACGGAGAAUAUGAAACACAGGGGCCUAAGAGAAUUGUUGUUAAGAAGAAACAAUCAGCUGCAGAUGCUCCCAAGAAACUCGACGGUCCUACCCAUAAAUUCAAGGGAAAACCGUCCAAUCAGAGUGUGGAUGAAGGAAAUGACAUUUCGUGCAAGUUGGACAUCGAAGUGCAGCCUGAUGCACCCGCCCCCGCUGUAAAAUACUUACGCGGUGGCCGAGAACUAAAGAACGACAGUCGUACCAAAAUCACCACCCAGGGAAAUAAGAGUACCAUGAUGAUCAGACGUUCACGAUUUACAGACGAGGCUAAAUACACCGCCAUCUUGGAACAAGAUGGUGUCCAGGUGGAUGAGGCAACAUGGAGUGUGUUUGUGAAAGAUCCCAAGGACUCGCAACUGGAUUACAGGAAUCUACUGAAACACAGAGAUCACAAGAAAAAUGAGAAAGAUGAUGAGGAUAUUGACUGGGGAUCACUUAAACCAGGCAGUAACCAACAAAACCCAUCUCUUCAGUCUAAACCCCAAUCCAUGGUGGACAAGAAAGGCAGACGUCCUUCGGAGAUCGAGAUGAUGAAGAAACAACUGAAGAAAGUUCCAGGAAGUGACAGUGAAGAUGAAAAGCUCCGUUCAUCUAGUGGCCAAGCCAUUAUUUAUGAGGAAGAAGAGGAUAGAGGCAGUAGAAGACAGUCGGUUGAAACGCUUGAUAUUCCAAUUAAAAAACCAUCAGUUGACAAGCUGGAGGCAAUAGAGCAAAAUCGUAGGUCCUCCAUGCAGCAGCGCAGGGCGUCUUUGGUAGAGCUCAUUCCAGACUGGCCAACUCUCCAACACAGGGAGGUCAAAAAAGAGGAACCGGACAAGUUCUUGCAAGAUCUGCAGGACAUGAAAAUCAAAGAGGGCACCAAAGAAGCCGUCUUCUCCUGUGAAUUUGUCAAACCCAAUGCCAAACUCAAGUGGUUCAAGAACAAACUGGAGAUCUUCAAUGGUCACAAGUAUCAUUUCAAAAAUGAGGGCAACAUUUACAAACUCAUUUUACACAAUGUCAAAUUGGAAGAUGGCGGAAAGUACACUUUGGAGUGCAAUGGUGUCAAAACGUCUGCUUGGUUGUAUGUUGAAGCCAAAGAGCCUGAAUACUUCUUCACACAAAAACUCCCAGAGAAAUACUCUGUCACGAGAAGAAAGGAAGCUGUUAUGGAGUGCUUUGUGUCUGAUCCUAGGGCAAAGGUCAAGUGGUAUCGCAAUGGCGAACCCAUUGAUAGAAAAAUUAUUCGAGAGAACCCAGAUAAGUACACACCUGGGAAGUUGGAGAUCCAAAGACGAGAGAACCGCUGUAUCCUGAGAAUUAAGGAUGCUCGCCCCGAGGAUGAGGCCGAGUUCAAGUGUGAGUGUGGAGCCGCCAGCACCACCUGUAAACUGUCGGUCACAGAGCCUGAGUGGGACUUCAUGAAGCUGUUGGAGGAUGUGGAAGGAGUGGAGCGUGACAAGGCCGUGUUUGAAUGCGACGUCAACGACCCUGAGGCAGAGGUCACAUGGUGGAGAGGAGAUAAGGAAUUGUCUGGAGGUGGAAAGUAUGAAAUCAUCAAGGACAACUUCAAACGCAGACUGGUUGUGAAGAACUGCCACAUGAAGGAUGAUGGGGAGUACACUUGUAAAGUUCUGGACAAGUCCACCAAGGCUAGCCUCUUUGUAGAGCCUGAUAUCAAGUUCUUUAAGAAACUGGAGAACAAGAGAGAGCGCGAGACAGGGACAUUGGUGCUGGAGUGUAAAGCCUCCAAUCCACACAACCAGCCGGUCAAGUGGUUUAAAGACGGCAUGCCCAUCAACAGGGAUGACCCGAGACUUGAGAUUACCAGGAAGGGAGAGAUGCACAAGCUUGUGAUCACCAAUCUGAAUCGUGACGAUGCGGGUCAAUACACAUGUCAGGUCGGAGAGCGACCAACCAGAUCCGACGUCAUUGUGGAUGAAUUGCCUAAACCUCCCAAAGUUGAUCCCAAAUAUAUCCCGGAAGAAAUUGUUGUCAAGAAAGGAGAAUGCAUUGAACUUGAAAUUCCAUUUGUUGGCACACCGCAGCCUGUGGCUUUGUGGAAGAAGGAUGGAACCGCUCUGAGUGAAGCUGACACAGACUUACAGACGACUGACCGUGCGGCCAAGAUCAGGAUUCCCGAUGCUCAGCGUACGGACACAGGAGAGUACGAACUCACUCUCACUAACGAAGUGGGAACUGAAAUCAUUCCCAUCCCUGUCAGAGUUCUAGAUCGGCCAGGCAGACCGGAGGGUCCAUUGGACGUGGUGGAUGUGUACAGUGACCGCUGCUCUCUCCUGUGGGACAGACCCAAGGACGACGGUGGCAGCCCCAUCAAACACUACACUGUGGAGAAGAAUGACGCCGCCAAGGAUACCUGGGAGGAGGUAUGCACCACUGAGGAUCUGGAGAUUGACGUGACGGGACUGAAGGAGGGACACCGCUACCAGUUCCAGGUCAAGGCUGUUAACGCCCAGGGGGUCAGUGACCCACUUGUGGCUGAUGGCGAAAUCAUUGCCAAAGAUCCCUGGGAUCCCUCUGAUCCACCAGAGAAACCAGAGAUUAUUGACUAUGAUAAGGACUACGUGGAGAUCUCCUGGAAACCUCCAAAGAACGAUGGAGGAGCUCCUAUUGAGAAGUACAUCAUCGAAAAGAAGGAGAAGGGAUCAGACAAGUGGGAAAAGGGUGUGGAGGUUGAAGGCAGUGACACCACAGGAACUGUGGAGGGGUUGACUGAGGGCAAAGAGUACGAGUUCCGAGUCCUCGCCAAGAACCGGGCGGGUCUCUCCCAGCCCAGCAGUGUGUCACCACCCGUAGUUACCAAGGCUCGCAGAGUUAAACCACGAAUUAUGGACAAAAACAAAUUGUUACCAAUCCGAAUCAAGAGGGGUCAGCCAUUCAACAUAGAUAUCAGCUUUGUUGGAGAGCCAGCCCCAACUGUCACAUGGAAGAGGAAGACUCUGGAUUUAGACUCAGAUUCAGAGACAGAACUAGACUUUAAGGAUGGCAAGGAAGAGGAAGUCACUCCAGAUUCCAACGUCUCAAUUGACAACAGCACGCCAAAGAAAAGCAAAUUGAAAUACCUGUCAGGUGAACGCAAGGACACGGGUGAAUACACCGUGGUCGUAGCCAACAAACACGGCUCCGACGAUGCUAACAUUGAAGUGGUGGUACUGGGUCCUCCAACAAAGCCGGAGGGACCUUUGGUCGUGGAGAAUGUUACAAAGGACCAGGCCACCCUGAAAUGGAAGGAGCCCAAAGACAAUGGCGGAAACCCUGUCAGUGGAUACCGAGUGGAGAAGAAGGAUACACAGAAAGGAAGAUGGGAACCGGUCAAGGAUAACAUCAAGGGAAGCGAGUUUACAGUCCCCAAACUCACCGAGGGACGUGACUAUCACUUCAGAGUGGCUGCCGUAAACGACAACGGAGAAUCCGACUUCCUUGAAACUGACUCUCCUGUCACAGCCAAGAAUCCAUUCGAUGAGCCUUUCCCACCCAGCAUGCCUAAGUGUAUUGAGCAAGACAGGGAUCACAUCAUUAUUGGCUGGGAACCUCCGGAGAAUGACGGAGGAAAUCCUGUCCAGGGCUAUAUCGUAGAGAGGAAGGAGCCAAAAUCCAACAGAUGGACUCCAAUCAACAGGGGACUUGUAAAGGAUUGUCAGUUUGAGGAUGAGAAGGUUACAGAAGGAAAGGAGUAUGAAUACAGAGUCCUGGCUGUCAACGAGGCCGGAAAUUCCGAACCCAGUGUUCCCUGUAAACCAAUCACUGCCAAGCCUACCAAAGAGCCACCUAAGGUCAAUCUGGAUGCUUUGUUUGGAGCCAAGGAGAUCCGGGUGAAGGCUGGAGAACCUCUGACUAUUCCCAUUGGGAUAUCUGGAGCUCCCACUCCUACCUGUACCUGGAACAAAAAUGGAUCCCCUGUUGACAGCAGGGCACAAUGCACCAGCACAGAAGAAGAUGCCAAACUCUUCAUUCCAAAAUGUGAGAGGAAGGACACAGGCAAAUACACCAUCACUGUGUCCAAUGCUUACGGCACUGAGACUGCCGACAUCCCAGUGGUUGUUCUGGAUAAGCCUGGCGCCCCAGAGGGACCACUCGAGGUGUCCGAUGUGAUGGCCGAUUCUUGCAAACUCUCUUGGAAGCCACCUGUGGACAAUGGUGGAGCUGAAGUAACAGGAUAUGUGGUUGAGAAACAAGAAGAAGGAUCGUCUUUGUGGGAGAAGGUGACCGGAAUCGGAUCAGGAACCACCAUGCCAGUCAAGGGCCUGAAGGAGGGCAAGAAGUACAAGUUCAGGGUCAAGGCCGAAAACAUUUACGGAGCCGGAGAACCUCUGGAAACAUCCAAACCUACUCUGGCUAAGAAUCCAUUUGACUCUCCUGAUGCUCCUAAGAACCUCCAGAUUCCAAAAUACGACAAGAGAUCUUGUGACUUAACAUGGGACAAGCCGGACUUCGAUGGAGGAAAUCCCAUCUCAGGCUAUGUUGUGGAGAAGAGAAGCAGGGGAGGUGACUGGGUUCCUGUGAACAGCUUCCCAGUCAAAGACACCAACUUCACUGUAAUGGGUCUUCAGGAGGGGACAGUUGUAGAGUUCAGAGUGGCAGCAGUCAAUGACGGAGGACCAGGCAAAUUCAGCAAGGCAACACCCCCACACCAAGUCAGGGACCAAGUCUUCCCUGCUGGAGCCCCAGGACAGCCGAAUGUGGAAAAGAUCACCAAGGAUUCUGUGGACCUUUCCUGGCAGAAACCAGUCAAAGAUGGCGGCAAGAAACCGUCUGCUUACAUCAUCGAAAAGAAAUCCAAGGGAGGCAACUGGGAGCAGUGUAAAGAGGUUUCCGGAAAUGAGCUGAUGUGCACUAUUCCUAACCUGAAGGAGAAGGACGAAGUGCAGUUCCGUGUCAUCGCAGUCAACGAUGCUGGUCCCGGUGAACCAAGCAGACCUACCAGCAUGAUCACUGUGGAGGAACAACCAGCACGUCCAAACCUGAACAUGUCCAAUGUAAAAGACAUCAAUGUCAAAGCUGGACAAAACUUCCAGAUCCAGGUUCCAUUUAGCGGAUUCCCUAAGCCAACAGCUGUCUGGAUGAAUGGAGUCAAAGAGAUCGAGGAUGACACUCGUGUCCAUCUGAAAGUGGCUGAGGAUCAUGUGCUCCUUACAAACACCAAAGCCGAGAGAGGAGACGCAGGCCGAUACAGACUCACCCUCAAAAACGCAUCCGGACAGGACUCCGGAUCUCUCAAUGUCAAUGUGUUGGAUCGCCCAGGAUCCCCCAAAGGACCUCUGACUGCUGUAGACAUUAUGGGUGAGGAACUGACACUCAAGUGGAUCGCCCCCGAAGACAACGGCGGAGAAAAGAUCAACAACUACAUUGUAGAGAAGCGCAAGGCUGGAACCAAGAAAUGGCAGAAGGUGUCCAGCUUUGUUAACACUCCGGAGUGUCUGGUGAAAAAUCUGGAGCCUGGAACAGAGUACGAGUUUAGAGUGAUGGCCGAAAACUCAUUGGGAGUCAGUGAUGCUCUGGAGUCCUCCGAACCCGUGCUGGCUAAACUACCUUAUGACAAACCUGGUGCACCCGGCACCCCGAAAUGCUCAGCCUACACUCCCGAUUCUAUCACCCUGGAGUGGACUCCGCCCAAAAAAGAUGGAGGCAACCCCAUCAAAGGUUACCAGGUGGAGAAGAGAGAAGCGGGAGAGACUAAAUGGACCAAGGCCAACUUUGCUGAUAUUUUUGACAAUGAGUUCACAGUCAAAGGUCUAACUGAGGGCAAGGAAUACGAGUUCCGAGUGGCAGCCAUUAAUAACGCGGGGUUGGGAGAAUUUGCAGAAACUUCAGAGGCCAUUAAAGCACAGCAACCUCCAGUUGCUCCUAAAGUCAGUCCCAACUUCAUUCCAAGAGACAUCACUGUCAAGAAAGGGGAAGAGUUCAAGAUUGUUAUUCCUUAUGAUGGCAAUCCCAUACCUAAAGCAGACUGGACUGUGGGUGGAAGACCUCUGUCACAGGGUGGUCGUGUGAGUUUUGAGAACACCCCCACAGAAAUCAAGCUGUUCAACAAGGCAGCAGAAAAGUCUGAUUCAGGCAAAUACAGUGUACAUUUGUCCAAUGAAAAGGGCAACGACACUGCCACCAUCAAUGUCAAUGUUGUUGACUCUCCUGACAAGCCGGAGGGACCUCUGGAAGUAGGAAACAUCACCCCCGACUCCUGUGUUCUUACCUGGAACGCUCCCAAAGAGGAUGGUGGAAGCCCAAUUUCCAACUAUGUUGUGGAGAAGAUGGACACCCGCACAGGUGCCUGGGAACCAGUCAGCAAGUUUGUGCGGGGCACCAACUACGAGGUGAUGGGCCUGGCUGAGGGCCAUGAGUACAAGUUUAGAGUCUCCGCAGAGAACCAGUUUGGAAGGAGUGAACCGCUGGAGACUUACCUUCCAAUCGUUGCACAGCAUCCUUACACUCAACCCGAUGCCCCUGGCCAUGUCAGCGUUAUGGACAUCGAUGAAUCGGCCGUCACCCUGUCCUGGUCUAAGCCGCGGAAUGACGGCGGUAAGAAGAUUGUGGGGUAUGUGGUGGAGUACAAGGAUCCCACCACGGGACGCUGGAAGGAGGCCAACGACUUCCCUAUUGAUGAGUGUGUUUAUCAGGUGAAAGGCUUGAAGAAGGACAAGCCAUAUGAUUUCCGAGUGAGAGCCAAAAACAUGGCAGGUCUGAGUGAACCAAGUGAGGUGGUUGGUCCUAUUACACCUAAACCAAAAUACACUAAGUCAAGUCCACCUGGCGUACCAGAGGCUGUCAACAUUGGAAAGACGUACGCUGAUCUAAAGUGGGAGCCACCCAAGCAUGACGGAGGAGCUAAAAUCACAGGAUACGUUGUGGAGAAGAGACCCAAGGGAGGAGAGACCUGGUCUCGGGUCAAUGAUUAUCCCUGCACCGAUCCUCUCUUCACUGUCACCAACCUUCCUGAGAACUCCGAGUGGGAGUUCCGAGUCAUGGCUGUCAACGCUGCCGGAAACAGUGAACCUAGCUUGUGUUCACCAUCCUACAAGAUCAAGGAGAAAAUCGUUGGCUCUGCCCCAGAGUUCAUCAAGAAGCCAGCGGACACCAAGGCACCACUGGGAGGAGAGGUUUCGUUCACUGCGGAGGUCCAUGGCACUCCUUUCCCUACCUGUCAAUGGUACAAGAAUGGAGUUCCAGUUGGCAGUGGUGGCCGCAUGAGAGUGAUCAAGGAGGAUGACGUCUUUAUUUUCGUCAUUAAUGAAAUUUAUGAUAAAGACGAGGGAGAAUUUACCUGUGAAAUUUCUAAUACACUGGGAACCGAGAAAGCCACAUGUCGCUUGCUGCUACAGAAUCCACCUAAAUUCGAGAAGGACAUCAAGGACCAGAAAGUCGAGGUGGGAGAGCAGCUUAAGAUAAAGAUCCCGUACUCAGGAAGUGGGCCGUUCGACGUCAAACUCAAGAAGGAUAACCGCGACGUGCCAGAGAGCAACCGCAUCAAGAUCACGCCAUUUGAUGACUACUUGAUUUUGGUUAUCAAAGACUGUACCGCAGAUGACACAGGUAGAUAUCAGUUGGAGGCCAGUAAUGCCUGCGGCAGUGCCAAGCUAGGAUUUGGAGUUAAUGUUGUCAGUGCACCUUCACCACCCACUGGUCCACUGGGCAUCAGUGACAUCACAAAGAACUCAUGUAGGUUGUCGUGGAAACCACCUAAGGAGACCGGCGGUGCAAAGAUCUCCAGCUAUGUCAUUGAGCGCCAGGAAGUCGGCAAGCCUUACUGGGUCACCGUGUCCUCUCAAUGCAAGGAUACUCACCAAGAUGUUCAAGGCCUGUUUGAGAACCAAAAAUACUUGUUCAGAGUCAUGGCUGUAAAUGAACAUGGACAGUCUGAACCCCUGCAAGCUGAGAAUCCAAUUGUAGCCAAAAUGCCAUUUGAUGCCCCCGACACUCCAGGCUUGCCCGAGGUUACUGAGGUGGGUGGGGACUUUGUCAGCCUGAAAUGGGACAAACCCAAAUCUGAUGGUGGUGGAAGGAUCAAGUCCUACUGGGUGGAUAAACGUGAGCAUGCAACAGAAAACUGGCACCGCGUCAACUUGACACCCUGCCUGACAAACAUGAUCAAUAUUCCCAACCUUAUCGAGGAUCGCAGAUAUGAAUUCAGAGUGUUUGCUGAAAACGAGGCUGGAAUGAGCAAACCAUCUCUUGCUUCUAACAGCGUGAAGGUCAAAGAUCCAAAUGCUGCUGUGGUGCCUGAGAUCUCUCAGGGACUGCGAGACAUCCAGACCGUUGCUGGUAAGACGGCUACCUUUGAGUUGGAGGUCUCUGGCAAUCCCAAACCUGAGGUGCAAUGGUACAAGGGUUCCAGAGAAAUUUUUGAUGACCACAAGUUUGAGAUCAUCGAGGAAGGUAAUCGCCAUAUACUGAUUAUCAAGGAUGUGUUUGGAGAAGAUGCUGACGAAUACUCUGCUAAAGUCUUCAACAGGGGAGGAUCCAAGGUUUCCAGAGCAAAUCUGAACAUCAGGGCUCCACCCAAAAUCAAUGUACCAUCUAGAUUCAAGGAAGUCAGUACCUUUGAGAAGGGAGAACCUGUGGUCAUCAAGAUUCCAUUCACUGGUAACCCCAAACCGACUGUUAAGUGGGUCAGAGAUGGCGUGGAGAUCAAGGGACGUAACUACGUCCAGGAAGUGACCGAUCGCCAUGCCAUCCUGACCAUUAAGGAGGCUACUAAAGAAGAUGAUGGUCCAUACAGGCUGACUCUGGAGAAUGAACUCGGAACUGACUCCGCUGUCAUCAAGAUCCAAAUCAAUGAUCGUCCUGAUCCUCCAAGAUUCCCUGUGGUGGAGAACAUCAGAAAUGAUUCUGUGGUUCUCUCCUGGAAGGCACCACUUAACGACGGUGGUAGCUUCAUCACUGGUUAUGAUAUUGAGAAGUGUGAACCACCAGCAACCAAAUGGGUCCGUGUGGCCAACACUAGAAUGACCUUCCACAACAUUCAGAGUUUGUCCUCUGGCAAGGAGUACCAGUUUAGAGUCAUCGCUGAGAACUUCUAUGGGAAGAGUGAUCCCUGUGAACCAACCUCCACCAUACAGACUGAGGAGUCCGAGGCCAGCAAGAGGAAGAAGCGUGAAGAUGAAUCAGGGAGAAAAGUCCGAGGAACAUAUGAUGGCCCCAAGAUCAAUGACUAUGAUAAAUUCUAUGAGGACUUGUGGAAGAAGUAUGUGCCUCAGCCAGUCCAAGUCAGAACUGACAACAUCUACGACUAUUAUGACAUUUUGGAGGAACUUGGCAGUGGUGCCUUUGGAGUAGUCCAUCGCUGUGUGGAGAAGGCUACCGGCCGGGUGUUUGUAGCCAAGUUCAUCAACACUCCCUACCCCCUGGACAAGGCCACAGUCAAGAACGAGAUCAACAUCAUGAACCAGCUCCAUCAUCCAAAACUCCUCCAACUCAAGGACGCUUUUGAGGACCGCCACGAGAUGAUCCUGGUCUUAGAAUUUUUGUCCGGAGGAGAGUUGUUUGAUAGGAUAGCUGCUGAGGAUUACAAGAUGACAGAGGCUGAGGUGAUUAACUACCUGAGACAAGUGUGCGAAGGACUGAAACACAUGCACGAACACAGCAUCGUCCAUCUCGAUGUCAAGCCUGAAAAUGUGAUGUGUGAAACCAAGAAAUCUACAAACGUCAAGAUGAUAGACUUUGGUCUGGCCACCAAACUGAACCCUGAUGAGAUCGUCAAGGUGACAACAGCCACUGCAGAGUUUGCUGCCCCCGAGAUCGUGGACUCGGAACCCAUUGGAUUCUACACAGACAUGUGGGCGGUCGGAGUCCUGGCCUACGUUUUGUUGAGUGGGCUGUCCCCCUUCGCUGGAGAAGAUGACCUGGAGACCCUACAGAACGUCGCCCGCUGUGACUGGGAGUUCGCUGAGGAGGCGUUCUCUCAGGUCUCUCCCGAGGCCAAGGACUUCAUCAGACGACUCCUGAUCAGGAGACCUCAGGAGAGAAUGACAGUUCAUGAUUGUUUGGAUCAUGCCUGGCUGAAGGGUGAUCUGAGCAGCAGGACUACCAGGAUCCCAUCCAGUCGCUAUGACAAGAUCCGAGCCAGAAUCAAGGAACGAUAUGGUGACUGGCCACAGCCACAGCCUGCCAUCGGUCGCCUGGCCAACUUCAGCUCUCUCAGGAAACACCGUCCAAAGGAGUACUCCAUCUACGACGCUUACUUUGACCGUAAGGAGGCUGCUCCAAGGUUUAUCAGACGUCCGAGAAAUGUCUUGGUCGGAGAAGGCAACAUUGCCAAGUUUGACUGCAGAAUCAUUGCUGCCUCUGCUCCUAUUGUCACAUGGCACUUUGAUGGAGGUGUCCUUACUCAGAGUGUCAAGUACAUGCAGAAAUACAGUGGAAGUGAGUACGAACUGAAGGUCAGUCGCUGUAAGAAGGAGGAUGCCGGCACUUAUCUCGUCAUCGCCGAGAACUCAUUUGGAAAGCGUGAAGAAAAGGCUUCCCUCAAAGUGGAACCUGCUCCUAAGAGAGACAUUACACUGAGCAGGGAAACAACACCAAUGCGCCGAUCUAGACCACCCUCCGUGAUGAGAGAAAUAGAGAAACCCAAGGAGGAGCGCCCAGAUUUCAACUUUGGUCUGCGUCCUCGUCUGAUCCAAGCCGGACAGGAAUUCAAACUCAUCUGCUGUGUCCAGUGUACCCCAACACCCAAGGUCACCUGGACUAAAGAUGGCCGUGACAUUACUCACAACGAGCACUACAUGUGCCAGUAUUCCAGUGGUGUGUGUACCAUGGAGGUGCAGAGUGCACAGGUGUCCGACACAGGCACUUACACAUGUAUUGCUGUCAACGAGCUCGGAACAGAGGAAACAUCCAGCUACGUUGUUGUAGAAGAUCGAGCUCACGAAGGAGUUGACUUGAGAAAGAGUGCUAAAUCCCGCAGUGUACGCCAGACUAAAUCUGGGUACAGCAGUCGGUACGAGGACUCCAGCUACAACGAAUCUUCCUACUCCUCCUCCUCCAAAACCAGUCGCUCCUCUAGGAAGUACACCGAGGAGACAGUCGAGGAGAGCUCCUACUCCUCCAGGCGCUCAGAUAGAAAGAAGAGAGAGGAGCCACAGGAAGUUGCCCCAGAAUUCACACAGAACCUGUCCCCAGAAAUCCUGAGGGAGGGGGAUCGUCUGAAACUGACCUGCUCUGUCAAAGGAACCCCCGACCCUGAUGUAGAAUGGUACUUCAACGGACAGUUGUUGAAGAGUGACAGCCAUGUCAAAAUCCGAUGCAUUGCCGGUAGCUGCUCCCUGGAGAUCAGCGAAGUCACUGUUGACGACGACGGUUCCUACACAUGUAAAGCUAUUAACUCCGCUGGUGUAGCAUCUACUAAAACUAGUGUACAAGUCACUGCCAAGCCACAACAGAAGCUUGCCGACCCUCCCCGCUUUAUUACCCACCCCCUAGGUCUUAGGUUAAAUGAUGGUGACGCUGCCACGUUAGAAUGUCAGAUUUCAGGCUCGCCUGAGGUCAAGUGGUACAAAGGUAGAGAACAGAUCACCGAUAGCGAGGACUUCCGUUACGAGAAUGACGGAGACACGUACAGACUGGUGAUCGCCGAGGUCUUCCCCGAGGACAGUGGGAUGUACAAAUGUGUGGCUGAAAACGAGGCUGGUACCGCCUCCAGCAGCUUCACUGUUUUCGUAGAAGUGCCUGAAGAACCCCAGAGUCCCCAGUUUAACAAAUUUCCCCAAUCUAGAACCGUAGAUGAAGGAUCUCCCUUCAAAGCUACCUGUGCUUUAGAUGAUGUUGAAACAGUCAUGUGGACCAAGGAUGGUCGGGAAAUUGAAGACACUGGCAGAUUCAACUUCAGUCAAGAUGGCAACUCUUUCACUUUUGAGAUUCCUGCAGCUCUGGCCACAGACUCGGGUGUCUACUGCGCCAAGGCUACAAGCAGCAAGGGGAAGGCAGAGUGGCAGUUCACACUCGAUGUGCGAGUAAGUUCCUCUCCCUGUGCAGAUAUUGACGUGCUACAGCUGAUCAAGUCCAUGCAGCAAUGAAGAUCUAUAUAGCCAUCAUCACAACUAAUUUAAGUCUUGUCCACUUGAUUUCAUGGUGACCAUCCAUGUAUGAACUAGUUUACUGUCCUAUGCUGGGGAACCAGUUUAUAGACAAUUCAACACCGACACGAUUUUGCAAAUAUCGGCUGCAGCAGCCCUUUACGAAAACUUGGCUUGUUUUGUGUUGCAUUGGAGAUUUUCAAACUAAUCAUACCUGAUGGCUUUGCAUCAGAAGUUCACAGGCAGAUGAAUAAGAGUUGAUAAAUGUGGAUUGUUAUUCUCAUAAACUGUGUUUUUUUGUGUAUGUAUUUAUUAUUAUACAGAUUAAAUUUUUAAUAUAUUUAAAUUAUUUUGUUGAUAAUGUGCAACCACCAUUCAUGUCUUUCAUUACUGGUUUGAAGAGAUUAACUAUAUUUUAAUUGUAUAUUUUUUAUUUAUAAAACAAAAAGUAGAAUAUUUUUUUGUGUUUUUUUGACGUACAGUUGUAGAAAUGCACAGAAAUCGUAGGGAUUAAUAUCAUUGUGUGAGAAAUGAAACUAUUUUGAAUGAACUGACAUGUGAUUCUUCAAAGGAAAAAAAAGUCACCAAUACAAUUAUAGCUCUUGAUGUUCUUAAUUGCUUAGAGUGAUGUGCUAACUCAGCUAGAAUCCUGUACAGUAGUAGCCAAGUGCACAGUAAAUCUUGUAGACAUAAAAAGACCGAAAGUAGAGAGUUGUUGUUGCCCCCAGAUACUUAACACCUUAACACCUGUAGUUUGCUGUUGUAUUUGGUCUACAUGUAUCAGGAUCCUGGCCCCAAUCUCCCAUCCCUUGCUUUGUAUUCCAUGACAAAAUGUUCACAUAUAUUAAAGCUGUUUUCCACAAUC